GCAGUGUGUGCUACUAAAAUCACGGUAACUUCGUCAGAGGCGGAUUUUAACACCUCCCAGUCAUCAUUAGUGGAUUAAUCGGAAUACACACCUUCUGUAAAGCGAUCGGAAACCAUUUUAUUAGCAGACACAAACUGUCAACAUAGUUUGAGACAUUUUUACCUGUGCGUGCGUAUUACACACGCUGGCUUGGGGACAUGGCUAUAGUCGUGCGUGUUCGUUUGUUUCCGAUCUUCACGCACGAACUCGGAUAGUUAAAUACUGUACGACAACAUGAGUGACAUGCCAGUAGCCCAGUCCCCGUGCCCUGGAAGCCCCGUUCCUGUGGGAUCUCUGGCAGACAAACUGAGACUAGCCGCCAGCAAGGGACAACUGGAGAAAAUACAGGAACUCUUGGAAGCUGGAGCAAGCUUUGAGCCAGACAGGGAUGGAAGGACAUGCUUGCACUAUGCAGCUCAGAAUGGCUACGCUGAAGUGUGUAAAUACCUAGCUCAGAAAUGCAGCGACACUGAUGCUCAAGAUGUGAUUGGAUUCACUGCUUUGCAUAGAGCUGCAUCCCAAGGUCAUGCAGAGGUCAUUGAGAUCCUGGCUUUAGAGGGAUGCUCAAUGGAUAUUCAGGACCAGCAUGGUAACACUGCCGUCCACGAAUCUGCAUGGAAUGGGUACAGCCGCUCUCUACAGAUGCUGAUCAAACACAAUGCCAGUGUCUUCAUCCCAAACAAGACUGGAUUCACGGCGCUGCACCUCGCCAGUCAGAACGGUCACAAUGAGAGUCUGCGAGUUCUGCUGUAUGCCAGCUGUAACACGGACCUCAAAAACAAUUAUGGUGACACUGCAGUGCAUACUGCGGCCCGUUACGGCCAUGCUGGUGUUACUCGAAUUCUUCUCAGUGCCAAGUGUAAUCUGAAUGAACAGAAUAAGAAUGGUGACACUGCAUUGCAUAUCGCAUCUGCUUUAAAGCGUCGCAAGAUAGCUAAACUCUUGGUGGAAGGUGCCAUUGAUGUAUCAAUAAAAAACAAGCAAAAUGAAUCAGCCAUAGAUGUUGCUAGACGGAAGGAACAUCCCGAGAUUAUCCUUAUUGUUACAUCUUUUUCUCGGCCACGAUCGUCUUCACGGCGAGACCGGACGAACCCUAAAACACACCAUCAUGCUAAUGUGACAUUUAAAGAUGAAGUUCAAAUUGACAAUAUUGAUGGACCGAUCAUUGUCCCUGAAGAUCAACCGCCACUCAAGACUGAUAAACCUGAAAAGGAGAAAAGAUUUUUCUUCUUCAAAAAGAAAAAGAAGGAAAAAGACAAGGGCAGGAUGAGCCCGCACCCAGGCACUGGUGUAAAGACACCUGAUGGAGAACCCCCGGCUCAGCCCUGGAAGAAACCUGUUCAGGGGUUCUUCAGUCAGUAUGUGCCUAAGACAGGCGUCCAGUACUAUCGGGACCUGGCAGGAAACAUCAAACAGGGUCCAGUAGGUUACGCUCCACUGUGCCAGUGUGGGCCAGCUCUGACCAGACUGGAUCACAAGAUAGAUGACCACAAGGAGAAAGUGUAUGACUACAUCGACGCCUCACACCAGGUCCUCAAGGGUCAGCUUGACCACCUCGACCGGCAGACAACCCAGCAGGUGUACGCCAUUGACAAACUGACCAAAGAGAGACUGGGAAACGAGCACCAGGCUUGUCACGAGCGGAUAACUCAGAGACUGUACAACGAACGCCGUGACGCCAAGAGCCUGAUGAACCAGUACAACGAACAGAUCCAGACAUGGCUGGAGACAAAGCUGUCAUCGUACGGCCACUGUCUCGACCAUCACCACGAUGACUCGGCCCUGCCCCCACGCAACAUAUUCUCAGACUUUCACGAAACUGCCAAUGGGAGAUUGUUUCGGUCUCGAUCAGAUGAGACACUUUCGCAGUCAGACUACAGUGGCAAGUUCAGGAAAAGGGACUUCUAUGAGUCUCGCCAAGCCGCAAUGCAGCAGAUUCGUGGCUGGCAGAUUCCCCUGUCUAAAGAUGCAUCUCGGCGCAGAGACCGAGGGAGUACAACUGUCACUCACGCCGAGGUGCAUGUCAGAGACCCGGAGAGACAGGCAGAUGGUGCCUCUCCAGUACAUAACACACAGAGUCCCACUGCCCAGUUUACACCAGGAGGAGGGUUUCUCGACGUGAAGUCGUCUAAUACGAACUCUAACGUAAGUCGUCCUCCUGGGACAAUUCCCAUAGACAUCCGUAAUGUGAAGAGAGAUCAAGGUGCCAUUCCAAAGCGAUUGCCCUCAUCUCAGUCGUGGCAGCCCUCUUCUGUGUCUCAGAAACCAAUGGCCACAUCUCAGUCGAGAGUGAGCAGUCCGCAUGUUAGGGAAAGUCUGUCGAGAGAAGGCAGUCCCUAUGGUGUGUGGACACCAUCAAAGAUGGUUCGAAGUCAAACGGACUCGAGUGAACUUAAAAAUCGUACAUCAAGUCCGAAGCCAAAUUUACCCGAAAGGGGACCCCUAAAUCUAAAUAACCCGUCCAGUGCCAGGGAGUUCCCCUACAGACCCUCCCACGUCGGCACUGGACAAUCAAAACCAGCAGUGAGUCCCAAACCUUGCCUGGCUUAUUCGACACCCAGUGUGAACCAGCAGCAUGUGGCGGUGUCGAACAGCAGAACGUACUGUGAUCAGGGUGAAUACCGGUCGUACUACCGGGACCAGUCGUCAGUGUACCCUACAAGGACUUUGUCUUCAGAUGCACUGCUGGAGAAUGACGGUUCAUUUUCACAGAACUUAACGAGGAGUAAGAGCACCGACAGGACACUGGAAGAUGUGGUUGGUAAAGCUAGGCCUCUUGGUAGAAAUGUCAAUCUGAAUGCAGCAGGUGGUGCAGUUGCAAAUAGUCACGCAGCCCCGCAGUACAGACAUGGCAUUCCUUACAGAAUUCCAAACACGUCUGCUGCUAGUAGUACCAACAAGAAUCCAUAUGUCAGCUCUGUUUUAAAUUCCAUUGAAAGAGGAAACUCUGAAAGUGUGUAUAUAAGAGUUAAUCAUGACAGUGCAAAUGUCAAAGAAAAUCGCGAACCUGUGAAUCGUUCCCCUCUUGAUAGACAUCAGUUUGUGAAUGGGUGGAAGAGUUCCGACGAGAGCAGAGAAAGGAAUUAUGGGACUAUUUCUCCUUUUGCUAAAGAGAAACAGUCGUAUAGAAGUAUGUACGGAAUAAACGGAGACAGCUAUAAUUAUAAGUCUGCAGACAACAGAGCAGGUCAGCAGUUUCACAGCAAAUCGGAAAACAAUCUGCUGGAAGGUGGGUUGGACCAGUCUAGUCGAAAUUCACCCUGUCCAUCUCAUCUGCCAUCUUAUUCCUACCUUAGCAACAACACUUCCUAUAACAAAUCUUUCACCGUUGUCAGCAAUUACAGUGGCAAUAUCACUUCAAAUAGUGCGUCUGGCAAAUCAGUGACAGGUAAUUCUGUGGACAAUCGAGGCAAUUUCAACAGUUCCUUAAACCAUAAAGACUCUUCCAGUAACUAUGGCAACAGCUUUAAUGGUGUUAAAACGAGUAACGGGUACGGUAAUGAUGUAUCGAACAGUUCAAGCAGCUGCUUACAUCAUGAAAGUUCGUACACCCGCUCCUCUGUGUUCAACCCAGGUUACACCAACACGAGCAAGGAGAACUCCACCUGUAGCAGCAAUCAGGAUUCCGGUUACAGCAGCAAGGCGAAGCUGCCACACACCGACUCAAAUCAAAAUGGGUUGCCUAGCAACAGUAACACCCCAUCGUCGUCGUUCAGCAUGGACCGAAGCCUCACUGAUCGUAGCCUUUCCGUUAGUUCUCCAAAUGCGAGUCACACGAACUCGCCGUUUUCUCCAACCAGUCAUCCAGAUUACGAGCGGGUACAGACACGACAACACCAGAACAGCGUCCAGUCACACGUGAACAGCUGGUAUCAGCACAAGUUGUUAGAGGCAGCAGAGAAACUCCGUAACAGUGAACAGUACAGUAGUGCUCAAAACUAUGGGGAUUAUAAUCCAUCUGUUAUUCAUUACGACCCAGUCAAUGGCAGUGAUGUGUGAAAAUGAACAUCGCACGUUCAGUUACUUUGUCACCACAGUUAUUUGUUUAAAUUAAUCAGUACUAAUUUUCUAGAUAUUUCUGUAUACUUGCCUAUUAUUUCAACCUUUAAUAGCUCAGUAGAUUUUUUGUUUGUUGCAAGAGAUUUUUUGCAUUUUAAACCUUUCUACUUUAAAAAUAUAGGCUAAGCAUAUGAGUAAACGGUAAAAGCCUUUGUUGUUUAAGAAAAUGUCCUGUUCUAGUUUACACCUUUGAUUCAAGAUCAUUCUAAACCAAUCUUCCAUGGUUUCUGUACAAAAACAAAAACUGUUGAAAUCUUAAAUGUAGAAGACUGUCCGAAGUUUAAACACUAGAGUGGGCUGUCUGAACCUCAAGUAUUAGAAAACUCUGUCCAAAAAUGCAUUUGUUUUGAUAUUGAUCAAUAAAACUAAUCUUGAUGAAAUUAUUACAACGGACAUUGAAAUAAGUCAAGAAUGGUCAUUCUGGUUACCAGGAGGUUACCACAUGUCAAGAAAGUCCAGAAUGGUAUUUGCAAAUGUAUUUGAACAAAAACACCACCACCUAAAUUUUUAUCAAUUGUAGUCUAUUUAAAUAUAAAGUGUACACACACACACAAGUAUCAGUAUAAUGAGAGCAGUGAUAUGAAUUGAUAACAAUCAUUAAACUACGAACAUGUUUAUGAAGAAAUGAUAAUGGGGAAAUGUAAACUUGAUAAAUGUGUCGUAACCUAUACAUGUAUAGUCCGUCCCAUCCUCCUACAAAAAUGUUUUUUGUAAAUCAUUUCAGUUUGGUUUGAUGUAAGAAAAAAAGUAAAAAGUGUUUUGGAAA